AUGCAGGUCCAGAUCUUGUUCCUGCUCCCCAUGGCCUUUCUCCUACCCCCCAGGGCUCAGGCUGGUGAGAUCAUCGGGGGGCAUGAAGCCGAGCCCCACUCCAGGCCCUACAUGGCCCAUCUGCUUAUACAACGUGCAAACAAGUCUAGGUGUGGUGGGUUCCUGGUGAAGCCAACUGUUGUGCUGACGGCCGCUCACUGCCAGGGAGAAAGCAUCACUGUCGUCCUGGGAGCCCAUAACGUCAGCCAAUGGGAACCGAGCCAGCAAGUGAUCCCUGUGCAACGGCAGAUCCCCCACCCGCAGUACAACAGGAAGACUUUAAACAACGACAUCAUGAUACUGCAGUUGGCAAAAUCGUCACAGCUGGGCAAGUGGGUGAAGACCAUCCCUCUGCCCGAGGAUGAGAGUGAGGUUGAGCCAGAAGACGUAUGCAGUGUGUCUGGAUGGGGUAAAAUCAGUUUGGAAGAGCACACUAACACCCUCCAUGUGGUAAACCUGACGGUGACGGAGGACCAUGAGUGCAAAGCCAGAUACCCCGCUUCCUAUGAACCGGAUACAAUGCUGUGUGUGGGUAACCCCCGGAAGAAGAAAACAGCAUUUGAGGGAGACUCUGGAAGCCCGCUGGUUUGCAAGAAGAAGGCUCAAGGCAUUGUCUCCUAUGGAAAUAGCAGGCCAUUGCCUCCUCGGGUAUUCACCAGAAUUGCCAGCUUCUUGCCCUGGAUACAGGAGACUCUAGAGCAAUUUCAGCCUUGA